GCCCGCACCUCUCCCCCAGUCCACAGGGGGGCGCCCUGCACUCACGCGAGGCCAUGGUCUUGGGCUCAUCAGCAAGGUGCUGCAGAGCACGCACCUCUCCCCCAGUCCACAGCGGGGCGCCCUGCACUCACGCGGGGCCAUGGUCUUGGGAUCAUCAGCAAGCUGCUGCAGAGCACGCACCUCUCCCCCAGUCCACAGGGGGGCGCCCUGCACUCACGCAGGGCCAUGGUCUUGGGCUCAUCAGCAAGGUGCCGCAGAGCCCACACCUCUCCCCCAGUCCACAGGGGGGCGCCCUGCACUCACGCGGGGCCAUGGUCUUGGGCUCAUCAGCAAGGUGCUGCAGGCACUUCUCCCCCAGUCCACAGCGGGGCGCCCUGCACUCACGUAGGGCCAUGGUCUUGGGCUCAUCAGCAAGGUGCUGCAGAGCACGCACCUCUCCCCCAGUCCACAGGGGGGCGCCCUGCACUCACGCGGGGCCAUGGUCUUGGGAUCAUCAGCAAGCUGCUGCAGAGCACGCACCUCUCCCCCAGUCCACAGGGGGGCGCCCUGCACUCACGCAGGGCCAUGGUCUUGGGCUCAUCAGCAAGGUGCCGCAGAGCACGCACCUCUCCCCCAGUCCACAGGGGGGCGCCCUGCACUCACGCGGGGCCAUGGUCUUGGGCUCAUCAGCAAGGUGCUGCAGGCACUUCUCCCCCAGUCCACAGCGGGGCGCCCUGCACUCACGUAGGGCCAUGGUCUUGGGCUCUAAGCCAGGGCCAGCACAGAAAGGUCAAGAAAAGCUGCAUCUCACCAGGAGGAAACGGGGAGAGAAAUUGGGAAUGACUGCUGGUGGUUCUGGAGUUUCUUUUUCUUUUUCUGUUUUUGAGACAGGGUCUUGCCAUACUGCCCAGGCUGGCCUCAAACUCCUGGGCGUAAGUGAUCCUCCCACCUCAGCCUCCCAAGUGCCUGCCAGUUUCUCUCUUGGCAGUGGUGGUGAAAGUGCCGUAAAAUUGAUUGUGGUGACAGUGGUCCAACUCUGUGAGCAUACCAAAACCAAGGCUCUGUAUACUUUAAAUGAGUGGAUCGUAUAACAUGUGAAUUAUAUAUCAAUAAAGCUGGUUUUAAAAGGGGAGGAAAAGAAAGAAGGAGAAACAGCAACUUAAACUCAUCAGACCUUCUCUUGGCCUCAGAGACUCUGAGAGUAAAGGUUGGGUAUAAAUGAUCAAGGGGAACAUUAUAUCUCUGUACCAUAAAACAUUGAGGUACAGAGACAAAAACUUUAAAACAGUCACUAAUGGAGAAUGUCACUUUGUUUCUUUGACAAGGGAGGAUGCAGGGAUGGAGCCGGCUUUGGAAGUCUGGGUUUAGUUGUAAAGGCCGGAAUCUAGAACAGUGUCCUAGACCACCAAAUAAGGAAGAACCCUAGCCUCUCAGGGAAGCGUAACUCAGACUCAGGCACCCAUGGAAAUGAGAAACAAGCAUCCAACACACAGUCUCUGAAGCAAGAGAGAUGCUCAGCUAUGCACAUGACGCUGUGGCUCUUACAGCAGCAAACAUGCAGGAGUUUUGUUUUUAUUCAUCUAAAUAAAUAGGUAAUCUUAGAAAUUACUAAUAUUAUUUAAUGUAAUCAUUAUCUCAUGUAUCUUAAGAAGACAGAUCCAUUAAAAAUCUUAACUUCCUGGCCGCAUGCAGUGGCAUGUACCUGUAGCCCCAGCCACUCCGGAGGCUGUGGCAGGAAGAUUGCUUGAGCCCAGGAGUUCGAGGCUGUGAUGCACUAUGGUUGUGUCUGUGAACAGUCACUGCACUCCAGCCUCGGCGGCAUAGUGGGUCCGCAUCUUAAAAAGAGCAUUCUUCACUUCCCUGCUUCCGAGCAAAGACUGAGUCAUAGACACAAGUCAAGGUUACCUUUACCAUUAAAAUUUUGUCAGAAUCAGCCAACAGUUCUGAAAACUGUAACUUAAUAAAUGUCAUUGGAUGGUCACAUGGAAAUAUCUGGCUUCACUCCAUUUCUCUGCUGCGUUGCC